UCCCUUUGGUUCGGUUCAGUUCCGAUUGGGAAAACGGAUGGAACGGACGCGCUCUAGGUUGGCUAGAUAUCGUUUCCAGUGGUAACGCCGCAAGGCCAAGUGACCGUAAUGUGAGUGAAUAAAGAAAUAAUACGAAUGAGUGUGUGUCACCAUUGUGAUUUAUUGCUGUAAAUGAAAUCAUAAUUUUCUUAAGUGUAGAUUGCCGAAAAAAAAUAUGCCAUUCAAAUACCCGUCCCUUACGGUGCCACACUUCAAAAUGGAACGCAGCAAUCGUUUACACUGUAUUGAUGCAAUUAAAACGGCUUCAUCGACCUUAAUGGAGCCGCCUGGUAGCUGGUAGAGUAAAAAAUGCUCCCUCCAAACGGUCCAAUCAAUAUUGACCCGACGGAUUGAACUUCUCGAAAGUGCGCGCCACCACAUUACGGUUCGAGAUUCGACUGCCAGAGCCCAGCAAUCACAGUGUGCUAUGCGAGCGAAGCUGCGUUUACCCACGAAGCAGCCCCAAAGCGACGGUGUAUAAGGACACGAUGGCAAACCAAACCAAUCAAUCAUUGAAAAGUAAUAAUCCUUCGUCAGUGCAACCACCACCGCCCGCUUUGGCGACCACCACAUCCGAUUCCAGCAUCAAUCGAUCGGGCCGGUACGAUCGAUCGCAGCCGGUUGCGUCACGGCCAGCCUCGUUGCCGAUGGUUACGGCGUGUUCCGGCUCGCCGAACGCCACCAUGAGUUCGCGACCUUCGCGAAGUGCCACGCGCCCGGUGGGCGUAGGAUCGAACCCGUUCACCUCCCAGACGGCGGGUAUGCGAGUGUUCAAGAAGUGCAAAAGCGCCACCUUCCAGAUCGAUGGACACACCUACACCAUAGUCGCAAGCUCGCCAGAGAAUAAGUUUACCAAAGAUGAUAUAACGCUCGCCGGUGCUGGCCCGGGGCGCGAACAGUUGCCCUGCUGCGAUCCGGCCACCUGCCCAGGCGGUCCCACCACCAGCUACGGAUCGUGCGGAUCUACCGGACCAAUCGCCACGAUUCCACCGGCCGGUGUCGGCGGUGGCGUUAGUGGUACCGCAUUGUCCCACACCCAACAACAACAGCAGCAGCCACAAUCAUCAUCCAACCAGCAGCAUCCGCAACAGCAACAGUCCUCUGGCAGCUGCUAUCCGUAUCAUCAUCACUUUCAUCACCACCACCAUCACCAUCAUUGCCAUCAGCCAGUGCGAGCGGAUUGUCACUCACGGAACGGACAGAUAGCAAAACAAGGUAGCCUUACGAUCGUUCGGCGAACCAACAGCAGAAAAAAUACCAACGUCCAGCAGCAGCUCCAGUAUCAGGAAGCGUUGGACGAGUCGGAGUACCAGCAGCAGCCGCCGCCAUACGGUAACGACUCUGGUGCCGAAGGUAGUGGUGGUGGAAGAGGAGGAGGUGGAGGCGGAGGUGGAGGGGGUGGCGGUGGCGGUACGGAGGCCGAGUACGGUCAGCAGCAUCCGCCCCUGUCCGAGUCGGAACUCGCCUUCGUCAACAGUCAGCUAAGUCGGGAGCUCGAGAGCAUGCAACCGACGUCCGGGACCGUGAGUGUCGUCGCGAAUCGUACCGAAUCGACGACCGGGGAUGAGCUGGACAAUGUGGACCUAGCAACAGACAACCUGCCGGCUGUCGAUACACCAGAUGCAUGUGAUAAGGCCGCAGUCAGACUACGAUGUCUGCUGCGGCAACUGCAGCGCGGCGAAAUUUCCGCCGAGCUGCUGCAGAAAAACCUUCAUUACGCCGCGCGCGUACUUGAAGCCGUUUUUAUCGACGAGACAAAUCAGGAUGGUGGAGGUACCGGAGGAGGCAGCGGUGGUGGUGGUGGUGGUGGCGGUGCUAACAACGCUGGUGGAGGCGGUAGUGGCGGCACGGGCGGUACCAGCGGCACGGCACCAAAUGUCAACGCGAGCGGCAAGGAGCCACACCAGCGGGGAGCAACGACAUCCGCUCCGCCAACGCACGGCGGUCCUACGGGACCACCGGUCAACAAAGGUGUCAUACAGAGGCGACGCUUACGGGCUCCAGUGUGGGCUCGGUCCAUGCGCCUGGCGGACGAAGAUGACGAACUAUCCGAGGUGCAGCCGGACGCCGUGCCGCCCGAGGUGCGCGAAUGGUUGGCAUCGACCUUCACCCGCCAGCUGGCAACCACGCGCAAGAAGUCGGACGAGAAGCCCAAGUUCCGGUCGGUGGCGCACGCCAUCCGGGCCGGCAUCUUCGUCGAUCGGAUCUAUCGGCGCGUUUCCAGUACCGCGCUGAUGCAAUUUCCGCCCGAAGUUGUACGCGUGCUAAAGACCCUUGACGAUUGGUCGUUCGAUGUGUUUGCACUGGCCGAAGCGGGCAACUGUCAGCCGGUCAAGUAUCUCGGGUACGAUCUGCUGAACCGGUACGGCAUGAUACACAAGUUCAAGGUACCGCCGGCCACGCUCGAAACGUUCCUGACGCGCAUCGAGGAAGGGUACUGCCGGUUCCGGAACCCGUACCACAACAACCUGCACGCAGCGGACGUCGCACAAACCGUACACCACGUGCUCUGCCAGACCGGGCUGAUGCACUGGCUGACGGAUCUGGAGAUCUUCGCCACGCUGCUGGCAGCGCUGAUCCACGACUACGAGCACACGGGGACAACCAACAACUUCCACGUAAUGUCCGGCUCGGACACGGCGAUGCUGUACAACGACCGGGCGGUGCUGGAAAACCACCACAUCAGUGCGGCGUUCCGGGUGCUCAAGGAGGACGACUGCAACGUGCUGCAGAAUCUGUCGCGGGACGAGUACCGCGAGCUGCGCACGCUCAUCAUCGACAUGGUCCUGGCGACCGACAUGUCCUUCCACUUUCAGCAGCUGAAGAACAUGCGCAACCUGCUGACGCUGGCCGAACCGCAGGUGGACAAGUCGAAGGCCCUCUCGCUGGUGCUGCACUGUUGUGAUAUUUCGCACCCGGCCAAGCGCUGGGACAUCCAUCACAAGUGGACGAUGCUGCUGCUGGAGGAGUUCUUCCGCCAGGGCGACCUGGAGCGGGAGCUCGGCCUGCCGUUCAGCCCGCUGUGCGAUCGGAACAACACGCUCGUGGCCGAAUCGCAGAUCGGCUUUAUCGAAUUUAUCGUCGAGCCGAGCAUGACCGUCUGUGCGGAUAUGCUCGAGAUCGUGCUCGCACCGAUCGCACCGAUCGCGUGCAACGCAUCGAGCAGUGCCGGUGCGGCAUCGGCCGGCAACAGUGCGGCCAACAACAACACGUCUAGUAGUAAUAGUAGCAACAGCAACAAUAAUAAUAAUAAUAAUAAUAACAACAACAAUAAUAUUAAUAGUAAUACCAACGUCAACAAUAAUAGUAGCAUUAAAAGUACUACCAAUACUCUUAGCGUACCGAACAACAAUACGAACAACAAUGAAGCAAUAAGUAGUGGAGCAGAGAGCAACAAGGGUGGUGGCGGCGGCGGCGGUACCGACGGUCCGCUACCGGUCGCCCAACCGCAAAGCGCUGGCAGCACCGCCUCCACGACAAAGAAUGGCAGUGCCGAUCCAAACGAGAAGCCGAACCGCUUCAAGAUACGCAAACCCUGGACGACCUGUCUGGCGGAGAAUAAGAAAAUCUGGAAGGAGCAAGCCGUCCGUGAUGCGGAAGCAAGGGCAGCAGCAGCUGCAGCGGAGGCUGCGGCAGCGGCCGCAGCAGCGGCAGCGGCUGAAUCAAACGAAUCUUCCGAAACCGCGGACGGUGGGGCCGAAGAAGCGAAGCCAGACGAAGCGGACCCAAACUAAGACGGAGCAACCUAGAACGCAUCGAUGCAACACAGUAGCCACUUUCUAUGCACACGUGCGAGACGUACAGCCACACCAACACAUUAAUCCACCAAGCAAAGGCACGAACAAAAAACACAAUGGUAGAAUUGAGGUGGCGAAAGGAUAGAAAACUGUAGCAGAAAAAUACAACCAGAUGAUAGUAACUUUAACUAAAUGCUAAACUUUAUUAAGCGUGUAAAGGAAGCGUGCGUAGAGUCACGGAACAAGAUAGAGUACUAUUCUAGCUAUUACGCCCCGCUGCUGACCAGAGCAAGAACCAUAGCACCGAGCAGGACGACACGGACCGACGGACAGUUGAGAUAAUCGAAACAAUGUUGAGAAUUUGAAUUGGCACUGAAUAAAGCGGAAACCCCCGUCACAGCAUAUAGUGCGUUAGGGGAGCGUGAGAGUCCCGGGUAGCGCGCGUGCGGACGAUAAAAGUUGGAGAACUUAUUUACAAACAACUAAACUCUAUAGCUCUAUUUCUACAUAAAAAAUACACUUCAAACACACGCACACCAAAAAUGAUUAGAGAUGAAGAAAUUUAAGGCACCAGAGAGCUCACAGCUCACAGGCAUCACCAGAUGUCUAUUCAGAAACACGGAUUGUCCUUCUCGCUGUGGCGUGUGGAGGAGCCCCGAUGCAGGGGAGAACACCCCGAUCAACCUGUAACCCCUCGGGGUGGUGCUGACGUAAAGGCGUAGUAGCAGAACUCACUCAAUGAAUUGAUAGAGACAAUUACUUCUAGUAGCUACCUGAUGACGUUGUUAACGAAAGUAAUAAAAACAAAAACAAACCCCAGAGAUUCAUCUGUUGCGAAUUCAAAAUUGAACGCGCUUGAAUGAUGAUUUGUUUUACGCCGACAUGCAAAGGCAUUAUUUCAAAGUUGAUUCUUGACAAUCAGCAUCUCCAACCAGGAUCAUCAUUAGGACCUUCUUUGACCUUCCCUUAGCUAUAAUUUUUUAUGGUUUUUUUUAAGUUUGUCUUCAAAGGAUUGAAUGUGAAGUGAACGUAAUUGGCAUAAUUAAUGUGCUCACUUUACCCCUUUCCCAUCCUUAAUGCGCAACGAGAGUCUCCAACAUUUUACACCCUGUCAUAAUUAACUCGCCCGGUCUCUCUCUCUGCUUAAUUAAGUCUCCAAAUUCAAUACUUCAUUUGCCAUAUUUUUUUUCUGAAACCUCUUGAGCGUCAGCUGAGCAAACGUUCCGAAUAAUGAUCGUGUAAUUGCAAACGGCUCAUAUAUCAAACGAUUCUGCCGAACACAGAAUAUGGAAGUCCAUGUUCCUUUAGUGGAAGCUGUUAAUUAUUGCCUUCUUCAAACCACUUUUAUUAACGAUUGGGAAAUUGAUUACCAUUGGAACGUAUGAAGAGUUUUUUUCCUUUAAUUACUAUCCCUUUAACACAUACGUGCGCGUCGGUUAGGGAAACCAAACCCCCAAUAGAAGAACCCUGCGUUAAGGGACAAUGUUGAAAGCGACUAAAGAUGCUGCUACUUUGCAGGUAGAAUUUUUGUAAUUCUUUUGAUACCACCUUUACCACCAACAACUACACCGACUGGAAUAAUUGUUUAAACACAGCUAGCUAAUUUCGUACCUCGUUCAUACCCAUCCAAAGAGAACCUGGCCUGCCGUCACAAUAAAGAAGUAUAUUUUUGUACCAGAACAUCCCGCCUGUUCGGUAGCGAAGCAAAUAUUGUUACGGAGCACCUCGUUUUUCCCCCGGAGUUUUGUAUGGUAGUGCAAUACCUAGAUAGCUUUGUACAAAACUCGUACUGCAGCUCUACAACAAUAAUCUAGACCAAAAAGUAAUGGAAAACCCGGUGGCGAACUGUGGAAAGCAGGCAGAAGACUACAGAGUCAGAUAUUCAAAUCACAAACACGAUUCCUGUUUGCGAAUCGAAUUCGAACGGCCUUCUAAUACUAACGGAAAAACUUCCUGUGGUUAAGGAAACUAGUAUGAGUCUAUCACCCUACGCUUCCCUGACAUUCUCCUACCCCAAUCGGCUACCCAUCUCCAGUGUAGGAAGAACGUUUAAAAUCUGUUAUCGUUUGUGCAAAGAGUUUACGCAUUUGGAAUAUCUUCGUAUAGCUAUCAAAUCCUUUCUGCCAACUAGCAGGAAGCAAUUAAAAUUAAACCUACAACACACCUAAUUGUUACAAAGACACACACACACACACAAUUGUUAUCUCAUUGUUACUUCGGGGUGGGAGGUAAGCGUAACUCUACACCUACUGUUUAAAAGUAAAAAGAAGAAGAAUACAAAAGAUAAUUGUUUAAUUUGUUCCUCUCUUUGCUGAACUUUAUGAAACAAAACAAAAAGAAGUAUAAAAAAUCGCAACCCACAAAAAAGCGCGAGCUAAUUGUACUAAUAAAAAAGCACAAAAUGAAUACAAUACACAAACCACAAACAACACGACACGAUAAGUAAAAAUAAAAUAUGUACGAACUCUUACUUAUACGCUGUUCAUAAGAAAAGUAAAAACAAAGGGCAAAAAAAGUAAUUUAAAUAUUGCAAUAGUAGCUUCACAGAGCAACAGCAACGUGUAGAAAUAGAACCGACGCACGCACCCAUCAUCACCUCUGACAUGCUUCUUCAAGGGUUGUCCUGGGGAAGUCAGCUAGCUGGAUGGAGCUAAGCGGUGAUCCAAUGGAGCAAACACGCCUAACAAAUUUUCCAAUUUUGCAUCACACUGGUUGUACGAUUGGCUAAUCAGUUUGAAGAAAUUGGUGUAGACCAAUUCAACCAGAACCGUUAAACCUUGUUAUCAUUUUGUCCUGAAGGUGAUGCACACCAAGCAAAACAAACCAAUGUCUCUUAACCCAAUUCCCCGCAGAGAAGAACACGACCAGCAGCACAGGCCUAAAGAGAGCACCUAGAGUGUGACCUACAAGAAGCGAGAUUAGUGGAGGGUUUGUUUUAACUUCCCGGCAAAAUUGAAGCACUCCUCCCUUCUCAGUAAACGGCCUUCGGUAUGGUUUCCACUUCUAACGAAACUCUGUGAUACACAAAAAAAACCCCGACCCGGGAACCGCUCCCAGUCAUUACGAACGACACACGUUGUGAAUUUGAUUUUUUAGAACAAUAAUCCGGAUGUCCUCACAGAGCAUCAGCUUAUCACACAUUCACGGAGAGACUGUUUGACCAUGUUCGGUCGGACCGACGUAAUGUGGCCGGUGUUGACGUUUCGCUGUUGCCUUAUGGUAAUUCGCUGCGUUUUUUUUUUUUGGCGUUUGCUUUACAUUAAUUCUGUCUGUGCAAACUGGCAAGACCUGGAGACCUUUACCUAUCAGCAUCGUCCAGGCGAGGAACAACCGAGCAAAACAAACAAACAAACAAGCAGGCCCAUUUAUAAAUAUACUUCUAAGAAAUCUCACAAAAGUUUCAUGAUUGCGGCACAUACAUGCUCAAUUUUUCUAAUCAAAUUCUUCUCAUCGGGCAAGGUAACCACCACAAGGCACCGUGCGCGAUGGCAUUGAACAUACCCGGGAAGAGGCAUUGAGCGUAUUUAAGUGCGAUUGCCGUGGGCACGGUACAUACCAGUGCCGUCCCAACCAUCGAUCAGUGAGGAUCAAAGUUUGCUUGCAUCGUUCUACCAAACCAAACGAUCAUGAAGCUGCUGUUUCUGUUGAGCUUCCUGCUGUGCGCAAUCCUGGCCGCGGCCGGAAAGUACUCGUGCCCGGCCUGUCCGGCUAGUUAUCUGCCAGUGUGCGGUACCGAUGGCAAAACGUACGCCAACGAGUGUGCCCUGGAGUGUACCGUGGCGCCGAAAGUUCAGGUGGCUCGUUCUGGCGAGUGCUAGCAGGGAAGGAGUUGAACCCAGUAGAACCUUACAACCCGGAAACCGGAUAUUCCUCAGGAAGAGGGACAGUGCACCACUGCUAGACGAGCUCAGUUAUCCUUACUUUUGUCCAACAAUAAAAUUAAUGUGCUGAUACAAAACGCUACCUUA